AUUGCUUACAGCACCUCUAACUCUAUGAACGAAGAGCUGGACAAGGGAACUAAGAGUGACAUUCUGUUCUUCUCUCUCACUUUCACAUUCAUGAUCACAUUUGCCUCCCUUGUCAGUUCAGGAGGUGAUUGUGUGUCAUCCCGUAUGCUGCUGGCCAAUGCUGGAGUGUUGGGUGUUGUCAUGGGAAUUCUAGGAGCCAUUGGUCUGGUGGCACUGUGUGGGGUGAACUUUGUUAGUAUUGUUGCGACGAUGCCUUUCCUCACUUUAGGUAUAGGAGUGGAUGACAUGUUUCUUUUGAUGAACAGCUGGAGCGAGACACUGCCAGUGACUUCUCUCUCUAUCCCUGAGCGUAUUGGAACUGUCUUCAAGAAGGCUGGCAUUGGAAUCACUAUAACUUCAGGUGUUGGUGUUCUCAUGUGCUACAUCUGUAAUGCUUGUAUGUUUGGCUCCUGCCUGACGCUCCACGCGCGGCGUGUGUAUGCCAGCAGACACAUCCUCACCUGUCGAAAGGUUAAGAAGUCACGGAGACAGCUAAAAGAAAAGGGGGCCUCCUGCUGCACAGUUUACCUGUGUGGUGGUGAAAUACCAAAUACCUCCGAUGGUGACCAGAGCGUGUGUGAGCAAGGACCGAGAAAAACACUAGUCAGAUUUUUAAUGUGGAAUCCAGUGCGAUACCUCACCCUGCUGGUGUUUGCUGGAUACCUUGGAGUGGCCAUCUGGGGGUGUACCAAGUUACAACAAGGGUUGGAUCUGAAGAAUCUGGCACCUAGGUCAUCCUAUUUCCACAAAUUUCAGGAAAUGAAACAAUUAUUAGAAAAAGCUGAAGAGGAUCCAUUGAUCAUGCCUGAUAGUAGAAUCUGCUGGUUCCUGAGCCUGGCUGGUUCAAAGCUGUACUACAACAGCAGCCCGGCUGCAUUUUACUCUGGUCUAGAACAGUUCCUCAGACGAAAUCCGUUCUUUGAAAGUGAUGUUGUAUUUGGGCCAAAUAAGACAAUCACUGCCUCACGAUGCCAUGUGUAUUCUUACAGGCUUGCAGACUCCACCGAUCAAGCCAAUCUAAUGACACGCAUGCGCCAAGUUGCUGAUGCCUCGCCAGCUGCAGUAUUUGCAUACCAUCCUGUUUUCGUUCUGUUUGAGCAGUUUGUCACCAUUCUACCCGACACACUUCAGACAGUGGGCGUCACCAUUGCAGUCAUGUUUGUUGUAACAGCCAUUUUCCUGCCACAUCCUCUAAUGGUCAUCCUUGUGACGGUCCAGAUGUUCAUGAUUGUGCUGGGAAUAUUUGGCUUUAUGGCUCACUGGGACCUGACACUGAGUUCCAUAACCAUGAUUGAGCUUAUCAUGAGUGUUGGAUUCUCUGUGGAUUUCUGUGCUCACGUCUGUACAGCCUACAUGAUAUCGGACGAACAUUCAAGUAUGGACCGUGCAAAAGACGCCAUCAUCCACGCUUCUGGUCCUAUCUUCAACGGCGGCUUGUCCUCAUUCAUUGGAGUCUUCAUACUUAUUUUCUCGGAGUCUUACAUUUUCCAGUCAUUCUUUAAGAUCAUGGUUCUGGUCAUUGGCUUUGGUGUUGCUCAUGCUGUUUUCCUUGUUCCUGUUACUUUGUCUUUCAUUGGUCCAAAAGCUCAUGUGCAUUUGGAACCUGUAAUGGUAUAA